AUGCAAAUUCAUCGUCGCAUUCAGGAGUCAACGAACCCCAAGCUGCCACCGACGACUCCUCAGGACCCUCGCGGUAGCCGAUUCAAGCUGUCUCCGCGAGGACUCCUCGUAACCACAAUCAUGGUCUUUGGAGCGUCCGCCCUCGUCGUAGCAGCCUCUAUAGCUCUGUACGACCGGCACAAACCCAUGCCACCACCCGUACUGGAUUUACGUCCUCCUCGUGAUCAUCCUUGGCAGACGCAUCACAUCCCCCUUUAUUACACAUGUAAUUCGGAUGCCUGUCGCUCCACAGGCGAAGAUCUCCGCAAGAACGUUGCCUGGUCUCUGAGUCCAUGUGAUGAUUUUUACGAGUAUGUCUGCUCCAGUGACCGACCUGCAACCAAUGUUUUUGAGCAUGCUGUAACUCACUACCUUCGUGAGGUGAAGUUGAUAAUCAAAAAGUACCUGGACAUGAGCUGGUUUAAACGUACGUGGUUAUCACAAAAAGUAGCAAAGUUCUAUUCGGGUUGCAUGACGGCAGAGUAUUCGCUUUCAUCUUGGGCGUCUCAGCUUAGUAAAGUGUGGGAGCUGAUGAAACUGCACGACAUAGACACGCCUUUUGAAGACCAGCUGGCGUGGUUCAGCAGGUACUUUCAUGCGUUUCCGCUGGUUCAUGUGGCAGUUGCGAAGGUAGCAGGAAAAAGUUGCUUGAUUCUCAGCCGACCAGAAGAGUUAGACGAGGAUCCAUUAUUUCAAGUACCCCACGCCUUUUCAAAAACAUUCCUUUCAUUCUCAAAAGACCUUAUUGGAAUGAAAAACACUUCGGGAAUCCUCAAAGUUGAAUCUUUGCUAGCUGAAUAUAACGGACCGUUGGGGGAGAGAUUCAAGAAGAUUCAAGACUACGGCCAGCAACCAGUGCACCAGUUGAAGGACAGAUUCUUUGACUGGUUUCUCUACCUCAAGAAACUUCUUGCUGGAGCAGCGGUCGUGGAAACUGACUCCUGUGUCGUUGUGAAGUCUCCACAUUAUGUGAGUCAUAUAAGCAAGGUACUCCAAAGAGCGACGCGGCCAGAGCUUUCGGCCUUUCUACGAUACAGAACAGCCUUGCAGUUGCUACCUUUCCGUCGCCUUGCCCUAUUGAGCGCGGAGCAAAGUGUUACGGACCAGAUGUGUACUCUGCUUACGUACCGCCUGUACAAGUACGUUUUUCUCAAGCACUUCAAUGACUCGUCGAUUCUGCAAGUGUACGUAAAUGCCGGUGAAAAAGAAGUGAUCACAAGGAUGUCUUAUCGGCACAUGCUCACUUCGACUGAACCUGUCUCAAGCACUCAGAGGGAGGUAGAUCAAGCAAUCAAGAGGGCAACUGCCACUUACUUCCGUCACAUGGUCGAUGUCGAGAAUUACUACCAAGGGGACCAAUCAACCUUGGAUAUGCACAAUGUUAUCCUAAGUUUUGUGUCUACACAAGGGACGAUGGCAAAGCAGUGGCUGAAAAGCGUCGUUGCAUCUGGUGGCCAAGUGUUCGAGAACCAACUUCAAGUUCGCUGGGAUUAUGAUCCAGACAGUGGACAACUUACUGUGCCUGUGUCAAUAGCCCCGUUGGACAUUAAAGGUUCAAGAGAAUUCUUCCUCGAGUCAAGUACCCUAGGGAGUGCGAUGCUGCGCUUUAUUUACUAUGCGUUCCACGAACAAUUCCUUUUCCAGCAGUCCGGAGCAAACGCUACAGAAUGUCUCAUAGCGCAGUAUAAUGCACUGAAAGUUGGGAACGUACCUGUGAACGGCCAUCGAACUUUACGCUGGAACGCUGCGGAUACAGCAGUUGUACCAGCUCUGCACCGUGCCUUCAAAACUUCAUUAUACAUUCAUAAGAUCGAAGUGGUCAAUUAUAAGAAACUUGUGAUGUCUUUGAAGAACCUUCCCGACGUGGACGCUGAUCAACUUUUCUUUCUGAUGUACGGGCAAACGUUUUGUGACACGGAUGAAGAUACCGCCAAUGUGUUAACGCGUGCACCUUGGGUUCCAGCAAGGCUUAGGCUCAAUGUGCCCCUGAGUAACUAUCGAGAAUUUUCUCGCGCUUUCAAGUGUCCCAGGGAAAGUAAUAUGAAUUCAAAGCAUCAUUGCAGUGCGUUCAAACUUACCUGA